UACGGCGCGCGGCUGCCCCAGCUGCGGCUCAAGUCUGCGCUUCCAGGUUCAGUUUCAGGGUCUCGCCGGCAGCCCCGGCCGGCGGGCACGGAGCAGGCAGCUGGGCCAGGACGGCAGGGGGCCUCUGGGGGCCCCGGAGUUGGGAGGCGGCGUCCGGGAGCCCCCGGAGGAUGGGCUGCGGACACAGCAGGCUGAGCUGCUGCAAACCCCCCAAAAAGAGGCACCAAGAACUGGAUCAGCCACCCAGACCAGAGCUACAGGAACUAUGUCCCCUCAGUGGGAACACAGCCACAACUGAUCAGCUCUGUGCAUCUGAAGAGGCUGAGCAGCAUCAGAAGGAGAUAACCAGAAUUCUCCAGCAACAUGAAGAAGACAGGAAAAAAUGGGUACAACAGGUGGAGGAGAGGGAGCUAGAGCUUCAGAAACUGGAUGAGCAGCAAAGAGUCCUGCACAGAGAGCAUGAGGAGACCCUGCAAGUCCUCCGGGCCUCCUAUGAGUGCGAGAAAGAAGCCCUGACCCACUCCUUUCAGGAGGCCAAGGCAGCCCUGCAGGAGACCAUUGAUGGACUGACCUCACAGCUGGAGGUCUUCCAGGCCAAGAUGAAGAGGGUGGAGGGGUCCAUUCUGAGCCGAGACUAUAAGAAGCACAUCCAGGAUUACGGGAGUCCCAGCCAGUUCUGGGAGCAGGAGCUGGAGAGCUUACACUUUGUCGUCGAGAUGAAGAACGAGCAUAUUCAUGAGCUAGACAAACGACUGAUCCUCAUGGAAACAGUGAAAGAAAAAAAUCUGAUGCUUGAGGAGAAAAUUACCACCCUGCAGCAGGAGAAUGAGGACCUCCAGGCCCGAGGACGCAGCCAGAUGGUGGUGUCAAGGCAGCUCUCAGAGGACCUGCUUCUUGCCCGACAGGCCCUGGAGAAGGAGUCACAGUUACUGCGACAGCUCCGGCAGGACAAGGAGGAGCUGCUGUACCGUGUCCUUGGGACGGAUGCCUCUCCCACCUUUCCCCUGGCCUCUGUCACCCCCACUGAGGUCUCCUUCCUCGCCACUUAGGGCUCAGGGCCUGCACCCGCUAUGGUGCCUGUGGCCCCAGCUCCCUCUCAAGGGCUUUCUAGAGAAGCCAGCAGGAGCCCCUCAUUCUUGUCCCAGGAGGAGAUGGGGGCCGGAGUGAGGUGGGGAGCCAGGGUGUGUGCCCAGUGAGCCCCGGGGCUUGGGCCAUGUGGGCUCUGCCCAGGAAGCACCCUCCCUGGAGUUGGCCCAGGGAACGAGCAGAGGAGCCCCUUCGCCCUCCCCUUCCUCUUCACCCAAAUCAGGAAGGUCCUGAGGCUUCUCUCAGGGGCAGCCUGGGCCUCUCCAGCCAUCAGACAAGGAAGAGACGACCUCCUGGCCCUACUUGUCAGCCUGGCUGCCAGCUCAUCAGCUCCCGCCCCGCCCUCCACCCCAUUUCCCAGUGCUGCCCUGGCCCUCUCUCCACCUGUUUACCACUCCUCUGAAAUGGUUGUAGAAACUGAACAAAUGACACUUGAUUCACUGCAGUGUCCCAUUCUAGGACCGUCAGAAGGCCAAAUUAGGGGCUGGGGAAUGGGAGGAGAUGGGCCAAACCCUGGGAAUCAACAAGGAAAAGCAAGCAGGUGGGAGGGAGUCCCUGGAGACCCUUGGGGCGGGCAGUGCCAGGGGCCAGCCCCACCAAGGCAGGGCCUGGGCAGGGCAGGCCGCCGCUCUGGGUCCCUGGAUCUGGCCAGCACAGGGUUACAGCCAGAGGUCUUCCUCCUCGAGCAGGCAAGGCCCACUCCUUAGCCUCAGGCCCCUCAGGCUCAGUGCCCGUGUCACAGGGGCCACCCAGUGGGUCUACUACCCUCAGCAGCCAGAGCUAGAACCUCCUCCCUGUGCAGAUGAGGAAACCGAGGCAGGGUGCGGGACCCACAAAGCCAGGAUUAGUACCUCAUCUGUUUUCCCGGUCUGGUGCUUUUCUCGUCCCUCCCCAGGCUCUGUGACUCUCUGUCCUUGUCCUUCCACCUGGCCCCCACCCACUCCCUGUCUCUCUUGCUCCUUUCCACUCACUCCUGCGCCACCUCUGACCCCAGGCCCUGGGCCCAUAGGCCCUGGCCCUCAGCUUCCCUGGCCGUGCACGGGGGGUGCUGGAGUGCCUGGCCUCAGCAGGCCUGUCAAGCCCUGGUGGUGUGCGGGCCCACGGUUCUUCUCAGGAAGCCUCAGGUCCGCUGGAGACUCUGGUAACCCCUCCUGGCACCCGGCCUUUAAUCAGAUGUUUCCAUGUACACCUCCCUCCCCUGACCUCCCCCUGCUCCAUGUCAGAUCCUUGAAGCUCAGGUCCUUGACCCAUUUCAGCAGCAAACUGAGAUCACAGGAGCCGAAGGGCCUUACCUGAGACCCCAGCCCCAGCUCCAGCCCCAGGCCCUGGGCCAGCAUGUGGGAAAGCCGGUCCACCAGAACAGAGGUCUCCUCCAUCCCCCCAGACUGCCUUCUUCAUUCCCAGGAUCUGGCCUUCACUUCUCAGCCUAGGAGUUCACACGUGACUCUCUCCAUUUCUCCCUCGGGGGGCUAGGGGCGCGCUGAGCAGCUUCCCCAGCCACGGGCAAACAGGUUACUCAGGAGCCUUGGGAACAGCCCUGGAGUGAAGUGCACACUUGCUUUUUCACACAACUUUUCCCAAAGCCCAGCUGGGAUACACUAGUUCAUUGGAUUAACAGGCACCAUCAAGGGAAGAGUCAGUGGUCAAGGAAUUUGGGGAAGUCUAUAUUCAGUCAAGUUAAACAGAUCUGCAAAGUGUAGGACUUCUCAGGACCUUUAAUAUGCUAAUGUGCGCCACAAAUUUCCAAGAUGGAAGCCAAGUAUCUAGUGUUUUCUAAACUCCUUUGACCAAGUUUCUACCCCAACCUGAGCACUUUGGGCUGCAGAAUGCACUUUAGAAAGCAUUGUUUUAAUUGAGAGGGCCAGGCCGGAGGAAAGGCAAGCUGUGGGGAGCGGGGUUUCCCUCCUGUAGCCUGUGGUGGAUGCAGGGAGAAAAACCAUGGUCGUAGACUCACUCUGGGGCAGACAAGCUAUGGAAACUAAAAAGAACCCACGGUGUCAUCUUUA